UUUCCCUGUGUGCAUGCACCAUUUUAGAGGCACACUUGGAAAGGACUCAGUUGGAUCCAAAAUAGCCAAUCCAAACUCAAGAUUCUGUCAGGGAUCAGUGAGCUUUGACAGGUGUCCUUGCAUUUCGCUGACGACAACUGGGCCCUACGGAGAGCUCUGUACAAGGACGUCAUGGUGGAGGUUCAUGAGAUGGUGGCCUCUCAGGGAGAUGUUUGGGGGGUCCUGGAUGAGGAGGAGCCAUCAGAAGUCUGGCCAGAAAGAGGUGAGGCGCAAGAGAACGAAAGGAAGUUGGGGGUUCAAGAUGGAGCCAACAAACGAGAGGGGAGAGAAACAGUGAAGCCAAGGGAUGAACACAGUGUUUCCCAAGAAGAUGAAAAUCAACUUAACAGGGUGGAGAAAAAACAUGAAUGUACUGUGUGCGGAAAGAGAUUCUGUAGUCGCGCAGCCCUUGCUAUACAUCAAAGCGUACACUCAGGUGAAAAACCUUAUAAAUGCAUGGAGUGUGGAAAGAGCUUCAGAAACAGUAGCCACCUUAAUGAGCAUCAAAUAACUCAUACAGGGGAGAAGCCUUAUAAAUGCUGGAGUGUGGAAAGACUUUCAGUCGGAGUUCCCUUAAUGAGCAUCAAAUAACUCAUACAGGGGAGAAACCUUAUGAAUGCAUGGAGUGUGGAAAGACUUUCAGUCGGAGUUCCUCCCUUAAUGAGCAUCAAAUAACUC